GGCUGCCAUUCUUUUCUAAGCUUUUUCUUCAUCUUCUUCUCCGACGUGCGACCAAACCGGUCGCCGGAUUCUUCCAAUCUUCCAAUUAAACCGAUCACCGUAGAGCGAGAUUGAGUGCCCAAAUGGCGUACUGCUCAGCUUUCACAACGGCGAUGUCAAUGGCAUACGGCUCUUCAUCCUUUACCACAUCCACUACUUCUCUGGUCCCAUAUUUACCGUCAAACUCUACUUUGUCCAUGAUGACUACCUUUUCCCAUCUCCCUUUUCGUUUCAAUCUUCGUCGUUCAGUUCGAAUUGCAACAGCUUCUCUCUCCGCAGUCAAUUCUCCGUCUACUAGUUUCUCUGACAGUCAGAAGAGUCUUUUGCUGGAAGUUAAGGAUUUGACUGCUGUAAUUGCAGAAACCAAGCAAGAGAUUCUCAAGGGUGUUAAUCUUGUUGUUUACGAAGGAGAGGUUCACGCCAUCAUGGGCAAGAAUGGUUCUGGAAAGAGCACAUUUGCAAAGGUACUUGUUGGGCACCCAGAUUAUGAGGUUACAGGCGGUAGUAUUGUGUUUAAAGGAAGUGAUUUGCUAGAAAUGGAACCAGAAGAAAGGUCACUUGCAGGGUUAUUUAUGAGUUUUCAGUCACCGGUAGAGAUUCCAGGUGUCAGCAAUAUUGACUUUCUAAAUAUGGCUUACAAUGCACGAAGAAGAAAACUUGGUCUGGCAGAGCUGGGGCCAAUUGAGUUUUAUGCAUACAUCUUCCCCAAACUUGAUCUUGUGAACAUGAAGACGGAUUUUCUCAAUCGAAAUGUCAAUGAAGGGUUUAGUGGUGGAGAAAGAAAGCGUAAUGAGAUCUUGCAACUUGCUGUUUUGGGUGCAGAGAUGGCUAUAUUAGACGAAAUAGAUUCUGGAUUGGAUGUUGAUGCACUUCGUGAUGUAGCAAAAGCAGUGAACGGCCUUUUGACACCAAAUAAUUCAGUGUUAAUGAUUACUCAUUAUCUACGACUUUUGGAAUUUAUCAAACCUUCUCGCAUACAUGUCAUGGAGGAUGGGAAAAUUGUGAAAACUGGAGACAUCUCUAUAGCGAAACUCCUCGAGGAGGAAGGGUACAAAGCAAUUUCUACUUCAUAAUUGUACGAACAUUCUCCCUUCUUAACGUUCUCUUUUACUUAUGAAAGUACUUUCUUUUACAUAAAAUUUUCCGUCAAAUUUUUCUGUCCCAAUUUUGGCAUCUUAAAUGUGCAAAAUCUAUAAUGUAAGGUUUUAAAUGUUUGAUGUCGAGGUCUGACGGGAGUAUCGAGUUUUCAACAAAAUAAUCAAUAUUGAUGUAUGUGUCUUGUAUAAUUUAUAAACAUAAAAACUUCAUAAAA